AUGGGCUCAACCUUCGAGACGCGAACUCUCCUCUACACAGCCUGCCUCAUUUCGUUGGCUUCCGUCUCGUUGCUUUUUGGUUCCCUUCCAAAACUGUUCUCCGACUCAAUCGGCGUCAAGCAAAGAAUCAACGCCGAAAUGCGGACAUUUCAAGAUUUAGAGCGAUUCGUUUGGUCCGAAUUGAACAAGGAAAAGUCCGGCACAAUAUUCGGCCGGGAAAAGCGUCAAUACGAGUACUGCGUGUGUGAAGAGUUCAAUGAUUGUCCGCCGGGAGCUCCCGGGAAUGCCGGUCUGCCCGGGAUACCCGGCGAUCACGGGGAACAGGGUUCUGAGGGUGAACAAGGGAUUCCCGGGACGCUUCCCGUUGAAUUCUCGCAACAAGUCGAUGGAUGUCGUGUAUGUCCAUACGGUCCAAAAGGGAAAACCGGCGAAGAUGGGAAACAAGGACCACAGGGUCGCCCAGGUGAUCUUGGAUUAGCGGGAGUUCGUGGUCAAGAUGGCAAGAAUGGGCCCAUUGGUGAACCAGGCUCACCCGGGCUCAAUGGAACAAAUGGAGCUGACGGAGAACCAGGAUUCCCGGGCAUUAAUGGGGUUCAAGGAAUCAAAGGUUUGCUUGGGCCACAAGGAGAAAAGGGAGCAAUUGGUGAACCGGGCCCACCGGGUCCACCUGGUCCAUCUGGUAUUCCGGGUGGAAAAGGGUUGAUUGGUGAUAUCGGACCACCAGGCCCUUAUGGAACUCAGGGACCUGCAGGACCAGCCGGAACUGCUCAAGGACCACCAGGUCCACCUGGUAUUGACGCUGAAUAUUGCGGUUGCCCUACUCGAAAUGGUCCUGUCGAGUCCCAAUUUGACGUUCCAGACAAUGCGUAUAGUGGACGUCGCAAGAAGUGGAAACAAAGAAUUCUCGCU